AUGUCCCUCGCGGACUACCUUGCGAAAAACUACCUGACAGCGGACUCGAAGCAGCAGAAAAAGUCAAAGAAGCGCAAGCGGAAGGACGGUGCAGCCUCGGGUCUCAUAAUAGCAGACGAUGAUGCCUUAGGCUGGGACCGUGACAGCACGGGCAACGCUGACGACGAUGCACCGCUGGAAGUGAACGCAAACAGCGCCGAAUUUCGCAAAGCAAAAAAAACAACAUGGCAGACCAUCGGCACUCCAACACCUUCCUCCAAUGAACAAGCCGCAGCCGACGCUAUUCUUACAUUUUCAGCUGCUGAAUCUCGGGCUCGUGCUCUCGCGGAUGAUGAUGCCCCUACUAUGGAAGAUUCGGCCAUGAAAAUGGAAUCGGGCGCCCAUGCGGGGCUACAGACGGCGGAUCAAGUCACUGCACAGCUGAAGCGUAAGGAAGCCGAAGAACGGCGAAGGUUCCUGGAAGACGGAGACGACCAUAGCGGCAAAGGGAAGGAAACCAUAUAUAGAGAUGCCAGUGGCCGCAUCAUCAAUGUGCAGAUGAAGCGGGCGGAAGCCCGUAAAAAAGCCGAAGAAGAAGCGGCCAAAGCAGCGGCGGAACUCGAAGGUCAAAAGGGAGACUUCCAGCGAGCCGAGAAGGAGAAGCGCAGAGAGCAGCUGAGUGAGGCGAAGUUUAUGCCUGUAGCGAGGUACGCGGAUGAUGUGGAGCUGAACGAGGAUUUGAUGGAGAGGGAAAGAUGGAACGAUCCAGCAGCCGGGUUCCUUGAGAGGAAAAAGGAGGGCAAAAGUGUCAGCGGGAAACCGUUGUACAAGGGACCUGCAACGCCGAAUCGAUAUGGGAUUAGGCCGGGUCACAGAUGGGACGGGGUUGAUAGAGGAACAGGAUUUGAAAAAGAGUAUUUUGCCGCUAGGAAUCGCACGGCAAAUUUGAAGAAUCUUGAUUACGCUUGGCAAAUGGAUGAAUGA